AUGUGCCUAGCACAAUCACCACUUGAUGGUUCGGAAUCCUCUUCAUCUGGCUCUGGUUCGUCCGGAAGUGAAUACCUACUCCCCCGUUUAUCCCGACUUGGUCAAUCUAGAAGAUCUCAGAAAGAAUUUCGACAAUCUUCACGGUCUCAACAAUCAUCUCAAGAACCAUCUGGGUCGGGACUAAUCGGAACCAACAGCAAUCUUCAUUAUCCGACAUCAAGAUCUCCCAGCCGUUCUGCAUCGAAGCAACGUUCCAAUGGUGUCAAAGAGAGCCAACGAUCUGACAAGUCAGAGAAAAUGGACCGCCAAAAGAAAACAAAUCUUGUUGCACCUGUUCAAGCAUUGUCUGUGCGUGGAAAUUCAAAAUCGACAGUUAGACGUACAAUGAGGGGACGAGGACGAAAAGAAGGAAUGCAAUUCAGUGCGGAGAUGCGUCAGCGGUUUCUUGAUAACAAAAAUAGACUGCAGCAGAAAGAAACCGUGAGAGGAAGAGGAAGCAGAGGCGGCAGAAUUAGAGAUAGACUCAUCAAUCAACGAAUGGUACUCAAAAAGGAAAGGAAACAACAAGAAGACGAACUGGAGCAGUCAGAGUUCGCGGAGGAAAGAAGUCUCUCGCCAUAA